UGUACAGUGACGAGUUGGAGAGGAAGGCUGUGUUCAGGCGGUAGUGUUUUGAAAAGUGAAAAAGACAGUCCGGUGUGUUACCUACUGACUCAGAUGGACCAGCGAGAAAAGCUAAAAGGCAAGCAACGAAAUGCAAAGAACACAAAAUAUAAACCUCAAGAAUCCCAGUCAGAUGACUCGGAUGACCAGUAUGACCAGAGUGAGGAUUCUGACGUAUACAGCAGUUCACAUGAAAGUAAUGGAGAAGAAGAGAAGUCAGGUGAAGAUGAUGAAGAGGAAGAGCAUACGAGUGAAGAAGAUGAAGAGGAAGACCAGUUAAGUGAGGAGAGUGAAGAUGAUGGAGAGGAAGGGUGGUCAACUAAAGGGAAUGAAGAUGAUGAAGAUGAAUCUUCAAGUGAAGAAACUGGUGAUGAAGAGGAAGAGCAGUCAAGAGAAGGGACUGAAGAUGAUGAAGAUGAAAAGCAGUCAAGUGAAGAGAGUGAAGAUGAUGAAGAGGAAAAGCAGUUAAGAGAAGGGUGCGAUUCUGAAGAGGACGAGUAUACAACUGAUGAAAAUGACCCCAAUGGUGAACAAGACAGCGACUCUGAUAAAGAGGAUGAAGCAGGUAGCGAAAGUAGCGAGGGGAGCAGCAGGCAGCCAGAACGGCAAAGCCCUAGAGAGCAGCACUCGAAGUAUAAUCCUGAAAAGUCCACAUGGAAGAAGGAUCUUGAUAACCAAACACAACUGCAUAAACGCUUGCCAAGCAAGCCCAAGAAGUCUCAAGGAAAGACUCCAUCUCCUGCAAAACCUGCAGAGAAGUUGGGGAUAAACCAAGAAAUUCCAAGACAAAAAGGAACGCCGCCACAAUCUACUAGACCAGCGAAGAAACCACCAACUUCAGGGACUAUCACAAAAAACAGAGACGCUCGAUGGGAAAAAGGUAAAAGCAAGCAAGCAGGGAAGCCUAAACCUGAGCAAGAGAGGAAAACGAAAAGGCCGAAAGCUGAAGAACUUGAAAAGGCUGAAUCUCCACACAUGUACGCAAAAAUGGGGAGUGAGAGAGAAAAGAGAAAACCAAAUACAUCUACUGAGAUGAAGCAUCGAGCCAGAAUGUCAAGGAAAGACCCAAAGACUUCCAGGAAAGACUCAAGAGAUUUGAGAACUUUCAACAAAGAAGACUGUGAUUAUGAAGAUGACGAAUACGCGAUUCCAAGUAAAUCUGACGUCAGGAAAGGUUGGUUGCAUCCUUACUGAUGAAAACUCCAUACAAAGAGUUAUGAAAAUGAAAUAUAUUCUAGCAGACUUUAAAUUCCAACUGCCCUGAAAAUCAAAUGUUGCACUUGCCCUUACCACAAGUCCUUUUUGUAGUAUUUCCAAAACCCCUUAACACUUUGACACAUAUUUGCCCUUUAUGCACACAUUACUGGAACCUGUUGAAACAUCUUUGAGGUUUGUAUCAGUUUGUAUGCUUCUACCUUGAUGCAGUGUGAUACACUCCAGCCAGCCAAU